GUGAACGUGCUGCCGCGGAUCAGAGUCACUCAGUCGGCUGGAGGCGGAGGUCUGUUUCCAGGGGUGUGCUUUUGGGGGCCGGGGUAAAGACUAUCCACAGAAAGCUAUAAAACAAGAUAAAUUAUACUCCCUAAAUUAAAAAAAGGCAAGAUCCAUGAGUGGGCAUCGGUCAACAAGGAGACGAUGUGGAGAUUCUCACCCGGAGUCCCCUCUGGGCUUUGGGCAUAUGAGUACUCCAGGGUGUGUAUUAAAUAAAUUGUUUCAGUUACCUACACCACCAUUGUCAAGACACCAACUUAAGCGGCUAGAAGAACACAGGUAUCAGAGUGCUGGACGGUCCCUGCUUGAGCCCUUAAUGCAAGGGUAUUGGGAAUGGCUAGUUGGAAGAGUUCCCUCCUGGAUUGCCCCAAAUCUCAUCACGAUCAUUGGAUUGUCAAUAAACAUCUGUACAACUGUUUUAUUAGUCUUCUACUGUCCUACAGCUACAGAGCAGGCACCUCUGUGGGCGUAUAUUGCUUGUGCAUGUGGCCUUUUCAUUUACCAGUCUUUGGAUGCUAUAGAUGGGAAACAGGCAAGAAGAACCAAUAGCAGUUCUCCUUUGGGGGAACUUUUUGAUCAUGGGUGUGAUUCACUAUCAACAGUUUUCGUGGUUCUUGGAACUUGUAUUGCAGUGCAACUGGGGACAAACCCUGACUGGAUGUUUUUUUGUUGUUUUGCUGGGACAUUCAUGUUCUAUUGUGCACAUUGGCAAACAUAUGUUUCUGGAACAUUGCGAUUUGGAAUAAUUGAUGUGACUGAAGUGCAAAUCUUCAUAAUAAUCAUGCAUUUGCUGGCAGUGAUUGGAGGACCACCUUUUUGGCAAUCUAUGAUUCCAGUGCUGAAUAUUCAAAUGAAAAUUUUUCCUGCGCUUUGUACUGUAGCAGGGACCAUAUUUUCCUGUACAAAUUACUUCCGUGUAAUCUUCACAGGUGGUGUUGGAAAAAAUGGAUCAACGAUAGCAGGAACAAGUGUCCUUUCUCCUUUUCUCCAUAUUGGAUCAGUAAUUACAUUAGCUGCAAUGAUCUACAAGAAAUCAGCAGUUCAGCUUUUUGAAAAGCAUCCCUGUCUUUAUAUAUUGACAUUUGGUUUUGUAUCUGCCAAAAUCACCAAUAAGCUUGUGGUGGCACACAUGACUAAAAGUGAAAUGCAUUUGCAUGACACAGCAUUCAUAGGUCCAGCACUUUUGUUUCUGGACCAGUAUUUUAACAGCUUUAUUGAUGAAUAUAUUGUACUUUGGAUAGCCCUGGUCUUCUCUUUCUUUGAUUUGAUUCGCUACUGUGUCAGUGUUUGCAAUCAGAUUGCGUCUCACCUGCACAUACAUGUCUUCAGAAUCAAGGUCUCUACAGCUCAUUCUAAUCAUCAUUAAUGAUGUAAUUGAUGUUAUAGGAAACUCAUGUUUUCUGCCCGAAAGAAUCUGAACAUAUUAAGGAGAAUGGGGUGGUUAAGAACAAAUAUAAUUUAUAGUAACCAACGUUAUAUAUAACUUUUAUUCUUUGUUAUUGGUAACACUCCAAUUUCAAGUUCCAUCCCGUAAAUUGUACAUGUUGUCAAACAGGGUUGGCCCAAGAAAGCAUGCAAGAAAAAAAUGCCAUGUGUUUGUAAUUAUCCUGGAUUCAUAGUAAAAUUGUCAUGGGGAGCAGAUCCCCAGUGGUGGAGAUUUCUAAUGUAGAAUAUUUGCAGGCCAAAAGAUGGUUGCUUUAUAAUUUUAACAAAUCAUCAUCUUUUAGUGACGUCCUUGUUUAGUAUCUUCUCAAGCUUUCUUUACUGAGGAGCUCAGCUUGUGGCACAGAUAUAUCUUGUGAGGUGGAACCUAGUGAUAAAGAUCUUGAAUUUGGAUUGAAA